AAGUCAAAAUUGAAGACUUCCAUCACAUCAGUUUCCAGUCUUAUUUGCAAAGUUAUUGUAAAUAAUGUGAAACUUCUUUAAAAAAUCUGAAACAGACAGUUCAAAAUUCGUAAAUAAGUAAAUAAUAAACAUAGUUUCCAGAAGUUUCGUAUGAAGUAAUUGGCAACGCUGCACAAAUAGGGCUGUCUUCAAAAUGCCUCAGCAGCAAACAGAUGUCAGUUCGGAGCUGGCAGAUUUCGCGGACGUUUUAGAAGAGACAGAAACGAUAAUUAAACAAUGUUUCAAGCAAUACAAGUUAAACGAAGUGUUCCUAUCAUUCAACGGUGGUAAAGACUGCACAGUACUGUUAGACAUAACAAUCAAGUUACUAAGAAAUAUUUACAAAUGUGAAGACAUAGGGAAGGACUUAAAAGUAGUCUACAUACGGACGAACGAUCCGUUCAAUGAAAUAGAAGAAUUCGUUAAAUUAAUAGAAGAACAUUAUAGUGUUAGAUUGAAUGUAGUGAACGGUGAGAUGCGGACGUCACUGCAGAGGAUACUGGACGAGGAUGACAGUCUGAAAGCGUGUCUUAUGGGAACAAGGCGAACGGAUCCUUUUAGUCAAGAUUUGAAAUUUAUGCAGCAUACCGAUCACAACUGGCCAUCAAUAUUACGGGUAUCACCGCUUCUCAACUGGUCCUACCAACACAUAUGGAGUUAUUUGAUAAACCAAAAAGUGCCUUACUGCAGUUUAUACGAUAAAGGGUAUACGUCAAUAGGCAGCACGAAAAACACUUGGCCUAAUCCAGCGCUCGCGUACAAAGACCAUUGCGGCUGUCUCUCGUACCUGCCAGCUUGGAGGUUGUCUGAUGCCACGCUAGAACGAGCCGGCCGAGGUGCGCCACCAACAUCAGUCAGCAAUGGACACGAUGCAAGCAAUAACGACAACACACAUAGCAACGGCGAUGUACAUUAGCUAAAGUAAUUUAAAAUUUUAUAUCGAAUUUAUUACACUAGAUACACUUGCUGUAAUCGCUGCAUUUAAAUUAUUUUGUGUUUAAAUGGGACAUAUAGUGAGCAGUAGGUGUCUACGGAAGACUAGAGUCGAAGAACUGUGGACUGUUAUUGUAUGAACUAGCAUCGUACAUUAUUUCGCAACACAAACAUUUUAUUUUACAUUUCAUUUUUUUUUUAAAUCAUAUCGCAUUUUAUAAUUGAUCAUCUUGAUCACAAAAUUUUGUCAUUAAUCGGUUAUAUUUUAAGUUUCAAAGUACAGUUAUAAUCAAGUAUCUAUAAUUAAUAUUUAUCAGAUUUAGCUAUCAGAAUCAUUAUAUCAUUCGGUACAACUCGAACAGUUAGAUAUUAUUAAAGUGCAUAUAAGUCCAAUUUUUUAACCAUUUACCGUUACGGAUUUUACCUUAGAUGAGGUAGUCAGAAAUAUUGAAAAAUUUCAACAUCAUGGUGAACGCAACACCUUAUGGAUUGUAAGUCGA